AUGGCUGUCUCCCGGCGGUUCCUCCGCCGCCUCGCCCUGAUCCUGAUCCUCGUCGCCGGAUGGGCAGCGACCAGCGCGGUAGCGCGGCAGCCGGCUCCGCCGGUGCACUGCGGCAGCGCCGCCCGGUGCGCGGUGAGUAACGCCUAUGGGGCGUGGGGGGACAGGAUGGAAUGCUGGGCCUCCGCCGUCGUGUACCCGACGACGGAGGAGGAGAUCAGAGCUGCCGUCGCGAGGGCCCAGCAGAGCUGCCAGAAGGUAAAGGUCGUCAGCGGGUUCUCCCACACCAUCCCGAAGCUGGUCUGCCCCUCGUCUGUGGGGGAAUCGAUCGUUAUCAGCACCGCCAAGCUCAACAGCCACAUCGAGGUCGACGUCGAGAACCGGCGGGUGACCGCAGACUCCGGAGUAGGCCUCCGAGCUCUGAUCGACAAGGUGGAGGCGGUGGGUCUCAGUCUGGUGGCUGCGCCGUACUGGGAAGGGGUCAGCAUCGGCGGGAUGGUCAGCACCGGGUCGCACGGCAGUUCGUGGUGGGGAAGAGGUGGCGCCGUCCACGACCAUCUGGUGGCGCUCCGGCUAGUUGUUCCGGCCGCGAGAGCUCGGGGUUUCGCGGAGAUCAUCGAGCUCGACGGCGGAGACGAGGCCUUCAACGCGGCAAAGAUCUCCCUUGGCCUGCUGGACGUGAUCUCCAAGGUGGGUUCGUUGGUUGGUUUGUUGGUCCUCCAUUUUCUCCUCAUCUUCGUCUUCUUCCCUGCAGGUGACUUUCUCGCUGGAGCCGGCGUUCAAGAGGAGCAUCAGUCUUUCCUUCCGAGACGACGGACGGUUGCAGGACGAGUUCAUGGAGCUCGCCGGAGCACACGAGUUCGCCGACAUCACCUGGUAUCCCUCACAGCACUCGGCCGUGUACAGGCUCGACGACAGGGUCCCCAGGAACAGCUCCGGCGACGGGAAGAACGACUUCCUGGGGUUUCAGAACCUCCCUAUCCUGUCCUCCAAGGCGGUGCGAUUUCUAGGUAUCCUCCCCUCGCUGGCCCUUCUUGCCCCCGGCCAGGAACUGCCUGAACAGGGCGCACUCCUUCCUUCCCACAGAGAAGGCGAACGAGGCAGCGAGGAGCAGAUCAGGAGUCUGUGCCAUGGCGGCGGUGGAGCUGGCCUUCAAGAGGUUGAUGGCCAACGGGCUGAAGAGCGACGGCAACCUCUUCCUCGGCUACCCGGUCGUCGGCCACCAGGGAAGGAUGCAGACUUCGGGCUCCUGCGUUAACUCGCCGGCCUCCGACGUACUCAACGCCUGCGCUUGGGAUCCCAGCAUCAGAGGCCUCUUCUUCUUCGAGACGACGGCCAUUUUCCCAGCUUCGACGUUCAGAGGCUUCGUUACCGACGUAAAGAAGCUGAGGGACCUGCGCCCAGAGGACUUCUGCGGGGUAGACGUCUACAACGGGCUCCUGAUACGCUUCAUCAAAGCUUCGCUGGCGUACCUCGGCCAGCCGGAGGAUUCCGUGGCGGUGGACUUCAAUUACUUCCGGGCGGACGAGCCCUCCACGCCGAGGCUCAACCAGGACGUGUGGGAAGAGGUGGAGCAGAUGGCGUUCUUCAAGCACAGGGCUAGGCCUCACUGGGGCAAGAACAGGAGGGUGGCCUUUCAUGGAGUUCCGCAGAAGUACCCCAAUUUCAGUGAGUUCCAAGCGGUUAAGAUGAUGCUUGAUCCUGCGGGGAUGUUUUCCAGCGAGUGGUCGGACGAGAUUCUCUUGGGGAAGGAGGCGGCCGACAAGGAAGACGGAUGCGCCAUGGAAGGGCUCUGCAUCUGCUCCGAAGACAGGCACUGCAAUCCCCGCCAUGGCUACCGUUGCAAGCCAGGCCUCGUCUACCAGGAAGCGAGGGUCUGCAGAUACUCAGCCUCUGCUGCAACGGCCUCCAUACACCAAACAUGUUGA